CGGGACGUUUUCCACGAUCGAAUGCUAUUUUGAGCCUGUCCCAUCCAAACAGAUGUCGCUAGUCGCGUGACUGUGGUUCGCCCGAGAGUACUAAGGUCUAGUUAUUAUGGAAUUUGCAGCAGCUGCAACACUGAAAUCAUUCCCUCUGCGUAGCUCUCACAGAGGGAUAUUCUGAAUACGAAAUGAACACUUUGCACGGCUGCCGAUUAAAUUAACUUAUUUUUUCAAUUCUGUUUUCGGCUUUAUCAUUACAAUGGAUCGUCCACUAUAGUCGGCGCGCAGGGUACGUCAUCAUUAGAACGCAGUAGGCCUACAGAAUCUGCAUCUUUGGCGCGCGCAUGUGGUAAAGCCAUCUCUGGAUUUCUUUUCUCAUCGUGGGAUUAUGACCGGGAUUUCGGAGUUAUUUUAGACGAGGUGCCUUCUGCCUUUGCGAUGAUGUCGAGCACGUACGCUCCGACCCUUCUAUCCAAUCCUUUCGAAGCAACACCAGAAAAGCUGUUUUCCCAUCUUGCACUCACUCAGGAUAACGACGCAGGAGACAGCAGCAACGGGGACCUGCACAGAGACUCACGAGUAGGAGGUGACGUCAAAAAGGCCGGUGACGUCAAGCAGAGUAAUAGCCACGAAGACGACGGCCUGGUUUCGGGUUCCCUGAGGUCGCCCAUGCAGACCCGCGUGCGUCGCAUCUCGGCUGAGCUGAGGCUGUCGGCCAGCUCCAACCUGGACAACAUCAAGAGAGCGGGCAAGGGCCUCUCCUCCGGCCUGCAUAACGUGGCCAACAAGCUGCCCCUCCCGGCAAUGCCCAAGUCCCUCAGGAGGCGGAGCUGGCACUACGAGGAGGCGGAGGAGAACAGCCUGCUGGAACCGGACUCGCUGGCCCAAGAGGAAGACGGAGAGGACAAGAUGGGCAAAGCCAAGAGCAAGUCGUCCGAGAGCUUAAUGAGGAAGGCGACCAAGGAAGACGGGGACGUCACCCGCGGUGGAAGCGGGGACCGGGACCGGACGGGGAAGUCGUUCCUGGUGAGGAAGUGGGAGGCGCGGAAGAACAAGGACCAGGAGAGCAAAGCCGACGACAAGAAAGACGACAGCAGUCCUGGAGAGGUGCCGGAGACCAGUAACCAAGGCACCGAGGCCCUCUCUGUGGAGUCUAUUCCGAUUGCUUUUGAGCCGUUGACGCUUGGACAACGCCCUACCACACCUACAGUCACUAUAAGCUUUGAUGAAGAUCCUCCUCCGAAGAAGAAUUCAAACAACCCAUUUCUGGACUGAGAGAUGUGGCUGGAGUGGCUUCUUGAAAAUUUGCCUUGGACGCUAUCAUUACUUUUGUUUUACAGUCCAUGAACAGAGAAGUUGGAACCUUUCAUUCCAGUCGGACCAUUUGGGACUUAGACCUGUAUGCGAAACUGGUCAGCGCACGGCUAUGCCAGUCGAUCUGCACGACGAAGCUGAUUUUUUUUCUGAGCCAGUUAAACUUAAGCCGAGUCCGCAGAGUUUUGACGUGUCUGAAGUUUUGCCAAGCGUGCCGGGCGACAUUUCUACCAAGCCAGUUAGACCGGUCAAGAUUAUUGAGUCACAUCAAACAGUUGUAAAUUAGUCGAGCAAGAUGGAUCAUGGCCAACUGAUUUCAUAGACUCACCAGGUUGGGCUUUAUGACUUUAUGUGACUGCCAAGUCAGUUUUGUAUUGGCUGAUCUAAUUGGACCAUGGCUAAGCGAAUUGAUCCUGGACUUAUUAAUCCAAGAUGGAGAGACUUUGUGAAAUAACCCCAGAGGCCCAAAAAGUUAGUGCUCCAGCGCUUUUGUCAGAAACCGCACAAGUGAUGACGCAAAUGCUACUGAGUGGUGACAUGAAUGAAGCAUGACAGAACAAACAUUUUUUUCUAAGUUAAAAAGAUUCCGUUCGGCUGCUAUCUGGCCCUUGUCAACUCAAUUUGGGCCCCUCUGCUGAUGUCACCGGAAACUGUCAGCAAGGAACAAAAGGCCAAAAAAAAAAAAAAAAAGAAAACCUCUCAUUUUGCAACUGCGGAACUUUCGAUGUACACGUACACGCUCCCGACAGGUUGAAGUGGAGUGAAUGAUUAAUGCUCACUCACAUGGCGAAAUUGAGAUGAUUCACCGUGGAAUUUGCACCACUCUAACGCGCAGAUGUAAUCUCUCAAACAUUCUCUGAGGAUGCAUCUAUAGUGCGCCAAACAGCAUUUAUUGAACAAACAUCGUGUUCACAGAACAAAUUAGCAAGGGAGAUUUGGUCGCCUUAAUACAUUAAAUGUAACUUUUAUUACAAAUUUCUAACGACUGUUGACACUGCUUGUUGAUGCUGGGUUUUCAUAAGACUAGCCUUGCUUUGAAAAUGCACAAAUAUAUCUAACAUUGUGAAAAUAUAUUCUUUGAUUUUGUUGAACCAAUAGUUCUUGAUUCGCUUUAUAAAGUUAGACUAAAGAGAGAUUUGACGAUCGAUCUUGGAAAACCAAACGGAUGAAACAAUCAUCCACGAAGAAUAUAUAUAAUUUUUUAAAAGUGAUAUCAAGUAUUCCUUUGCUUAAAUGUGUUGCCUUGAAAUUCCACUUAACAUAAUUCUACGGAGCUACGAAGUUGUAUAAAAGAUUAAUACAUGUAUAUCACCACUCUGACCUUUGAUGUACGUCGGUGUCAGUGGUGCAAUCUUUACAUCUCUCAAAUUUCAUAAGGGGCAACUGAGCAAUGACAGGCCAUAUCAAAUCAAUCGGCUGUGGCUAGCAACAACACUAAGGUGUAUGAGAAGUGGCUGCAGCUGCCAGUAAUAGUGGCUCCAGCGGGUACAUGUGUUGUUUCCAGCCAAGCCGUAACUUUUGGACAAGGCCUCUAAUAACCAGGGUCCAUGGUAUACUGCGGUUUCAAAUUCUGACACCACUUUCUGUGAAAGGUACUUGGAAUAUACACUGCCAAAAUCAAAUCUACUUUUCAAGUCUGAUGUUGAUGAUUCAAAUAUGUACAAACAUUAAAGGUAUUUUUGCUUUGAUUUGGCUUACUGGUUCGUUAUUAAUCAUUAAAUAUACCACAGUA